AUGAUGUUACAGAAACUAGCUGCAAAUGUCUCAAAGGAGAAAAUUGAUGAUACAAUUGCAAGAAAACUAGACGUGAAAUCUAUAUUGUCUUCUCCAUACCCAACAAACACAAUUCGCCUUGUAGAUUGCGGUUGUGCAGUUGGACCAAAUACAUUCAAUACCAUGCAAGAUUUAAUAGAAACCAUUAAGCAGAAGUACAAAUCCCAGUGCCCUGAUUCUGAAAUGCCCGAUUUUCAAGUCUUCUUCAACGAUCAAUCCUACAAUGAUUUCAACACUCUCUUUACCUCUGUCCCCCAAGAAACACAAUACUUUGUAGCUGGAGUUCCAGGCUCUUUCCACAAACGGUUGUUUCCAGAAUUAUUUCUCCAUGUAGUGCAUGUCUCUCAUGCCCUUCAUUGGCUGUCGAAGGCGCCGGAAGAGUUGCUAGACAGGAGUUCCGCUGCGUGGAACAAAGGCAGGGUUCACUAUGCCUUUGCUCCGAAAGAAGUUGUGAAUGCGUAUGCAAAUCAGUUUGCCAGAGAUUUGGAGAGCUUUUUGAAAGCUAGAGCUAAAGAAAUUGUGUCUGGAGGCAUCAUAGUUAUCAGCAAUCCAAGUAUCCCGGAUGGAAUGCCUUUCUCUCAGAUCGCAAAUGGUUUGAUGUAUGAUUGUAUGGGUGCCAUCUUCUACGAUAUGGUAAAAGAGGGACUAAUUUCAGAAGCUCAAGUUGAUGCUUUCAACUUACCGAUAUAUUCUUGCCCUCCUGGAGAAUUUACAGGAGUGGUAGAAAGAAAUGGCAAUUUCAGCAUUGAGGCGAUUGGAUUAACAAACCCAUCACCCUGGUUGAAAGGUCGAAUAAACAUGCAGGAAUUUGUAAAGCAUCUAAGGGCUGCAUUCGAGGGAAUGUUCAGCAAACAUUUCCCAUUGGAGAUUAGCGAUGAAAUGUACAGACGAUUAGUGGAAAGGCUUGAUGAGAUUAAUGACGAGAUGACUGCAUGUUACAGAGAUGGAAUUCAAUUAUAUGCAGUGUUGCGACGUAUAUAA